AGAAACAAAAUAAAGGAAAAGAAGAUGAAAAUCAGUACUGAACCUGCUUAGACAUUGCGCUGUGUAAGCUACUGUAUCUUCUUCGAACAAAACUAGCUAUGCAAACUCUACUCUUGCCGUCGGCUCACUCCGUCACCGGCAGUGCGCCAUCAGCUCUUUCCUCGGCCGGAAAACCAUGUCGGCAUAAUUUCCUUGGACGCCAAAUUACCCUAAUUUCUUCGCCCUCAUCAUUAUCUUUAUCUCCCUUAAAGACAAAGCCUCUUUCUUUGCCCCAGUUUAGUCUCAUAAACAAACGGUCCAGAAUAUUAGCUUCUGCUCCCCUUUCUCCACCCUACACUUCCCCAAAUGACGAGUCUGAAAAAGCUAAAUUAGCUCAGGUUGCGAAAAGACUACAGAAUACUGCAAGGUACUUCAAGAGAUUGGGUAGUCUAGGGUUUUGGGGACAGCUGGUAUGUACGCUUGUUGCUGCGGUGAUCCUUUCAUUUUCUGUUGUUAUUACGGGGAAUAUUACAUCUCCCUUCACAUUCUACUCAACUGCGGGUGGAAUUGCAGCGGCUUUCGUUUCAGUUUUUUGGUCAUUCGGCUAUAUUCGCUUGUCUGAAAAGCUUCGGAGGACAGCUAAUGAGCCUUCAAAGGCUCCUCCUCGUGCUGACGUUGUGAAAAGCUUGAAGAAUGGAAUAGUGGUGAACCUUCUGGGAAUGGGUGCUGCUGUACUUGGCAUGCAAGCAACUGUCGGAUCGUUGGUGGCUAAGGCUCUUACCACCUCAGCUAAUCCAUAUAGUAUUACUCCUGGAAGUAGCCCCGUGCUUGCUUUGGAUGUAUUUCUGGUUCAGGCAUCAGCAAAUACUAUCGUUGCACACUUUCUAGGUCUAGUAUUCUCAUUGGAGCUGUUGCGCUCUGUCACCUUGCCACCUUCAGAAGGCAUUCCGGUACCAAGGAUUGCAUGAAGUGAUUGGGAGUCGACAAGAUGAUACUGCAGAAUAGGGUUAACAAAAGGCUUUUGAGAUCGCAGCCAUGUAUUUACUAUUAUAUGAGUGAUUCACUUCUUGGCAAAUGAAAUUACUUUCUCCAAUUUCUGAGUGUCUUUUAAUAAAAAUUUCAACAACUGCCCUUCCAUAUGGUUUUUGGUGCGUCCAAAAAUCAAAAAAAGUUGCUUGCUACCAGUUAAAAAUCCCUCUCACGGUGCCAUAAGAGACUCAACGCCUUCUUUUCCUGUGUUUGGCUACUAGACGAUAAAAUACUGACCAUUUCUUUC